UCUCACGCCACUCUGUCAUUCAACUCAACUUGAAAAGUGAAACCAAUUUCUGACUCCCAUCUCUCUCUUCUCACGCCUUUCUCCUACAAUUCACAAAACAGAAACACCAAGCAGCUGCCGCCCAUUCCACGCCGUCCAGCCGCCGCCGGCAAAUCUGUCCCUCUCCUUUCUGUUACAGGGGCUGCCAUGGGCACUGAGCUAUCAGAGGAAAUCAAAACGCUUGAGGAAUUUGUUGAAGGGCGCUUGAAACCUAAUCUUGUGCGUGCUAUUGCUGAACGGGACAAGGUCUUUGAGCGGCAGAAGACUUUCUCUGACCUUAGAAAAAACAUCGAGAAUCUGGAGAAGAAUACGGUGACCAGUAUGAAGACCCUCGUCAACAUUGGCGCCGAAAUCUACACAGAAGCUGAAGCGCCAGAUACUCGGCAUAUAUUUGUUGAGGUAGGACAUGGAUUUUAUGUGGAGUUUACAUGGGCUGAAGCUCUGAAGUAUAUAUCUGAAAGGGAAAAAUUACUAUCCAGGCAAAUAGAGGAGUACACUGGCAAAAUUGGAGCUAUAAAAGUUCAAAUCAAAGUGGCAUUGGAAGCUAUAAGGAAAUUACUCAACAUACCAGAUGCUGAGCUAUAAUCUAUACGCUAUUCAACAUCAAAUUGUUCAGAGUUCAGAUAUUUUGGCAUAAAAAAGUGAAACAUGAUUUUGAUUGUGAGAGAAAUUUAGAUAGGAAAGACUAAUCUUUGAAGGAGAAAUGGAGUGUAUUCUGUAAAUACCUUGCCAUAUGCCUUUCCUUAUUCUUUUGUUUUUAUCAUCAAGGAUCUAUGUUAAUAUCCUGCUGACGUGCUCAACCAUGCUAGUGUUAAUUAUAAUGAUGAAUAUAUUGAUGAUGUGUGAAA